CACACACACACACACACACACACACACACACGGUCAAUCAUAGUGAGUCAGAGAGCAGCUUAAUACCUUCCACCCAGAGGAAAGCUCUGACUUCUCCAGCCCUGCUUUAUGAUUUCAAACUUGGAGAUCAGUCGUCAGCCUCGUCGACAUGAGCAGGUCGAACCUCCUCAACCUCAACAGCCUCGGCAGGAUCUGUGGCUCCAGCCAGAGCAGCGACAUGGUUGUCCUGGAUCGGGUCAAGAGGAAGAACUCUGUGAGACGCAUGUCGAUCAUCGAGGACGGGCAUCUUGCCGAGGUCCUCUACCUGAUCCCAAAGCAGUACAUGAUGGAGCAGCUGCCCUUCAUCAACCCCGAUGACUACAUCCUGUGUGAGAAGCUGGCGGGUAUUCCUGCAGAGCUGUCAGUGUUGCACUCUCAGGACAGCUCCCAGUCUGGAUCGCCAGCAGGGAAGCAGAUCGUCCAGUGUGUCAGGUGUGGGGGGGUCUGUAAAGGAGAGGUGCUACGGGUGCAGAGCAGAUACUUCCACAUCAGGUGUUUCACAUGCAAAGUGUGCGGCUGCGACUUGGCUCACAGCGGUUUCUUCAUGAGGAACGGGGAAUGCCUCUGCCCGGUGGACUUCCAGCGACUUCACGGCACACCCUGCAACAACUGUGGGGAGUUCGUAGAAGGGGAGGUGGUCAUGAUCCUGGGAAAGUCCUACCACCCAGCAUGUUUUGUGUGCACAGUUUGCAAAAAACCGUUUCCUGCAGGAGACUGCGUGACCUUCAGAGGAAAAGACUGUCUCUGUCAACGCUGCACCGGACCCACGUCUUCGUCUUCUUAUCAAAUCAGCUGUCCUAACAACUGCGCCGGCUGUGGUAGGGACAUCAAGAACGGCCAGGCGCUGUUAGCUCUGGGUCACCGGUGGCACAUCGGCUGCUUCAAGUGUAAAGCCUGCAGGAGGGUCCUGAACGGAGAAUACAUCAACAAAGAUGGCGCUGCCUACUGUGAGAGAGACUACCAGACUCAGUUUGGGGUGAAAUGUGAAGCGUGUCAGAGGUUUAUAACAGGAAAAGUCCUGGAGGCUGGACACAAACACUACCACCCCAGCUGUGCAAGAUGCUGUAGGUGUGGUGGUGUCUUCACAGAAGGGGAAGAAAUGUAUCUGCAAGGAUCUACAAUCUGGCACCCCAACUGCAAAGACAGCAGCAGAGCAGAAGACGGCUGCAGGGUCAGCAGGUCGCAGAUGCCCAGUCUUGAUUUCUUUUUCCCUCCACAUGAGCUGAGGGUAAAGAAUGUCUGCAGACCCAUGGUUUCCUCUUAUAGACCCAACAGAUCGUCAUCUGAGAGCUCCUGCUCCAGGCCCAGCUCAUGCACUCCGGGCAGUCCCAGUCGGACAAUCUGUGCAAAAGUAGAUAACGAGAUCAUUGAUUACCGAGACUUAGCAGCCAUUCCCAGAGUCAAGGCUAUAUUUGAUAUAGAGCAUCCUGACAUGAUAUCUUAUAAGUCCACCAACGAGAGCUUCUCUACUCUGGAUGAGAGGGGUGAACAGAACCAGCCGGGCCCCACAGAGUCAGCAGGAAACACAUCUGAAACCACAGAGGAGAGUUUUGAGUUUAGGACAUGCGUGCCAAAAUCUCCAAGUCAUGGAUCUUUUGUAGGUCCAGUUACAAGCCAUCGCCACAGCUACACCCCGUCGCUGUCCAGAUCACCACAACACUUCCACCGACCAGGUUUGGUCCUUUCUUCCUCUUUGCUUCCUGGAAACCAAAAUGUCACUUGCCCCACUUCUUCUUUAUAUCACCACUUGUUCUCUAAACCUGAAGCAGACCAAGGCUUGGAUUUGUACAGAAGACCUCCCAUCUACAAACAACAAGAUCUGAAUUCCUGCUCAUCCCAGACAACCUCCUUACCCGUGUAUGGUCACAACUUCCUGAAUCUGCCUCAGUCAGCUGAUUUCUGCAGCACCCUCAGAGACAGAUUCAGCUUUAAGGUAAGCAUAAGUGUCUUAUUUUCUUGUAGCUCCUUUAUCUGCAUAUGCGUGAUAUACGGGAGGGCUAGCCUUGGACAAAAAUUUCCCAGAAUACAGCGCGGUUAUUCAAAAGAAUGGCGGAUCAGAAGCCAGCAGCUACUUCUGGGCCAAAUUUCAAGUUUAAAUCUCACCCAUGACGAUCACCUUCCAUUUUCACGAAUGGACAGAGGAGUUUCUAUGCCUAAUUUGUUGGAGACAAAAGUCUACCCAUAUAAAACACUCACAGUUACAAACGGAGCACGAGUGAAGCUUCCCAAGGAUGUGGACCGGACACGACUGGAGCGUCACCUUUCCCCAGAUUCAUUCUUUGAGAUCUUUGGGAUGCACAUCCAAGAAUUCGACAGACUCCCAUUUUGGAAACGUAACGACAUGAAGAAGAAAGCAGAUCUUUUCUAAAAACCAGCCUAAUUCCAGCCGUUCCUCUGGGAAAUGAAAACUGGGAUUUGCAGUGAUUUACAUGAGAAAAUAACAUAUUACACAUUGAAGCAAAAACGCUGACGGACCUGCGAACGUGAGAACUCAUCUUGAUUUUACUUCUCAGAAAUGACGUUCACAUAGAACAUUUUGUAGUUUUGGUGAACGAGGUAGAAUUUAUGUAAUUAUUUGAGUUUGUCCAUCUUUUUAUUGCUGAUAUUUUAUUGUGAUCUUAACCGCCUUCCUGCAACUGUCCACUGAGCUUAUUUUAUUUUGUAUUAUUCUAUUUAGCUUCAUUUUUAGAUUAAACUAAGUUAUGUGGAACCACUUGAUGAGUUUUAGGUUAAGGCACUCAAAUCACAGCACACAGUGUGUUCUGCUAGACUUAAUUGGUUGGUCUGUUUUUAUGAUAAAAUAUUAAAGUUUAAUUCCUCUCUCUCUCUCUCUCUCUCUCUCUCUCUCUCUCUCUCUCUCUAUGGAUUGAUAAUCACAGAAAUGUGUUUGAUUAUAUUCCAGAAGAAAUCACAAGUGCUUAAGUUUGUUUGCUGUAAAUGUGAUGACUUAUGUACCUUGCAAUUUGCUGUUUCAUCACCAGUACGUCAACUACCUUAAAUAAAAACCUUUCUAAAUGA